AAUUUUUCACUGUUUCACGAAUCUUCUUUUCGUUUUGUGAAUUUUAUGGCGAAGCGAAACGGGACAGAUUCGCUUAUUACUACUGUUAAAUAAGGAUGCAUAUUUUCAAUUUCAUUAAUAAAUCUUUUAAAAAAAAAGUAAUCAAAACCACAAUAUUCAUGACUACUAUGUUGACUUAUGACCACAACUAAAGAACUAUAGAGAAACAGAAAUACUUUUUGACAGUGCCCAUAAACAAUGUAGCUUUCUUCAAGUUACCUUGCCUCCCACAAAGUGAAAUUGUCUUAAAGAGAACCUGUCAGUUUUCAGUUAACAAUAGGAAUGUGUUUAGAGUGUUAAGUGUAAUGACAUACCAUAACUUUUUAAAAAAAUAAAAUAACCAUAAGCAGUCAGAGUGCAAAGUCCCAUGGGAAAAAAAAUAGCUGAACUCUCCCGAGAUUACGUCUCAACCCUGAAUGUGCAGGAGAAGAAGCACAGAGGAAGUGGAAGAGAGGGUUUUUUUUCCAUUAUUAGAGAAGGACUCCAGGUUUACUGUGCUACAGCCAGCGCUGUACAAUCCCUGCAUCCUCCUCUUUACAAACAGAGGAGUUUCAGUGAGGCACCAUUCCCCCCUGCAGCCCCCUCCCUGUGCCUGUGACCAGAGGAGCUUAGCUGAUUCCGUGUAAUGCUCUGUUCCCUUCUGCAGCCCUCCUUGAUGUGCCUGUGACCGGAAGAGAUCACCCUGUGACCAGAGGAGUUUCCCCUUCAGCUGCCCCCACUGCCUGUGACCGGAGGAGUUUCAAUUAAACUGCAUAUUCCAAAGCAGGUCUAAUUACAAAAGCAACGUUUAGCCAAUCACACAGCAGAAUAAGAACAAGGCUUGGGAAACACAGUGUAUUUGCCGAUUAAUGUAUCCUGCGUGUCUGCAUAGUUUAAAGCAGCUUGGAGAAACAAGCUUUUCAUCCAGGAAAAGAGUAGGAAAGACUCUGUGCAACACUACAAUCCUGUUAUUGGGAUGUUCAUAGCUUCUGCAUUCAGAAUAAAAUUAUUCACUUGUCAAACACAUUGGUGUUUAUUAAGUAAGGCUGUAACUUCUUGGAAUACUUCCACUGUAAGGAGGCUGCAAGACAAGUCCUUUGAACAAUCACAACAGAAAGAAAUGAUGAAUGUGAUAAUCCAGAGACAUGGAACUAUUCUGACAAUUGGAAUUAACAGGCCAGAAGCCAGAAAUGCUGUGAAUCCAGAGACAGCUUCCCAGCUUGUUGAGGCCUUUAAUCAGUUUGAGAAUGAUCCAGGCCUGACUGCGGCUGUCCUCCAUGGAAUAGGAGGAAAUUUCUGCGCUGGGUUUGAUUUAAAGGCAAUAGCACACAGUACAAGCUCAUUGAAUAUAGAGCAAGAUGUGACUAAAGGACCAGGCCCAAUGGGACCUUCUAGGAUGCAGUUUUCCAAGCCAGUAAUUGCUGCUGUGAGUGGAUAUGCAGUAGCGGGAGGGCUUGAGUUAUCCCUUUUAGCAGAUCUGCGAGUUGUAGAGAAAAGUGCAACAUUUGGAGUAUUUUGCAGACGUUUUGGUGUCCCUUUAAUUGAUGGUGGGACAGUAAGACUUCCCAAGCUCAUUGGGCUUUCCCGUGCCCUGGAUCUUAUCCUUACAGGUCGGCCAGUUAAUUCCCAAGAAGCAUAUGAAUUUGGAUUAGCUAAUCGUGUGGUACCUGAUGGCCAAGGCUUACAGUGCGCUAUUGAGUUAGCACAAAAUAUAUCGUCCUUUCCACAGAAGUGCAUGCUCGCUGAUAGAGCCUCCGCCUACAACAGCACAUUUGACGCAUCAGAGUUUGCAGAUGCAAUGCAGUAUGAAUUUGAUACUGGAGCAAAGGUUCUCGUAGAAGAGUCUGUUGCUGGAGCCAAAAGAUUUAGUGCAGGAGAAGGGAGGAAAGGAAAACUAUAAAUAUUUUUAAUAAAGACUGAAUUUCAGUAAAUUACAAUUGGCCUCUUCCUCUUGGCUUCCAUUAUUAAAGCAAAAUAUUUGAGUAUUAUUAUUAAUCUCUUGUGGUACUAGAAGAUGACAAAGCUUUGUUUCUUUUGUAUUAAAGGGAACUUCACCCAGAUAACUAAUUACAACAAAAUAUAUUUUGCCUAAUAAAAAAAAAAUUCCUGUAUGCAUUUAUGAAAUAUUUUAAAAUGUGUUAAAGCUAUUUGUAAAUAUAAUUACAAUGAGACAGUA